CUUCUCCGUCUGGCCCUACGAUCCCCCUCCAUCGUCAUCAUCAUUUACCCCCCAUCAUAAUUCUCGACUGCAAUGGCCCAGGCUGGGCCUAGCAGACUCGGCGGCAGCGAGCCGCCAGGCGGUGGGCCCGCUCCUUUGAUCCGGCUCCGCUCCAAAGCCCCGCUGCCCCUCUUCACCUGCCCUCACCCAAUCCCUGCGGCCUCUUCCACAAUAGGGGACAGCCUCAAGCUUUCAGUACUCCGCCUGCUCACGGGAGAGGUCAAUGAACGAUCCUCCACUGCGCCCAUGACAGAGUCCGAGCUUCUCAAGCUGAGGACUAUUCACGGCUGGCGAAUGGAGAUGAUUGCAUUGGAGCUGCGUCAGAAUGUCUUGAUUGCGCCCGAGACGAGGGAUAGGAUCGGCGAAGGGGUCGAGGAUGACAUGGAGGGGUUUGAGCUAGCCGACGAUGCGGACUGUGGGCUAUUGGAGGCUGACGAUGAAGUCUUGAUCCGCCUCAAGCCGGCAUUCAGCCUUGCCGACCUUCACCUGCCCACGCUCGCCGCCAACCAUCAUUACGCUCUACCAGCUGGAGCCCUCACACGAGCAGGGACCCUUUCCAGCCCACCUCCGUACUCCCAAGUCAACGUCAAGCGCGCCGCAGAGCCAUCAAGCCAUAGCUCGAGCGUUCAGGGGCAGCCUAAUGUCAAUUUCCACGCUCGCCAAUGGCGAAGCUAUGCAAAUGGACCACGAGUGGUGACGGCAGGAGCUGUUACCAAUUCUACACCCGCUGAGAUCAAAGAGGCAAAGAGAGCUGCAAGAGCUACGUCCAAUCCAGCAUUGGCUGGUCCAUCACGGCCGCUCGGCCUGGGCAUGGGCGUUGAGCCUCCCGCGGCCAUCCCAUCUGCGACAACCUACAAGCAGCCUCCUGCCAAGCAGCGCAAGUCCAAAUCGACCAGCGUCGAUCAAGGCCCUUCUGCUCCAGCGCAGAGCAGUCUAGUCCCACUUGUCUCACCGCCCCUUUCCGCAAACACACCAGCUCCUUCGUCAAGUGCUGCGGCUGCGCCGCCUCCGCCUCCUGCUCAGCGCAAAGCCAGCGCCUCCAGAUUGGCUCCCAUCAGAAGCGGAUCUGCAACAGACCGCAACGCCUCGGGAGCCACCCCUCCCUCCCCUGCCACCGCAAGCCACUUUGCCGUCGGCAGCACGUCCAACGGCAGCACAGGCGGCGGUGCGGACUCAAUGCCCCUCACCGCUCUCGUCAUCGGCCCAGGCGUACAAGGUACCGUAGGGCGAGGCUCGAAUGCUGCAAUGGGUCAUGCCGGCCCCGCGGCACAGGCAGGCAACGGGACUCCAUCGUCCUCUGAUGUGGCAGGCGAUUACGGCAACGCCAAGGCCUUUGCGAGCUUCACGGCUGCAGGUGGGGAAGUUCAGCAUCGCUCCAAGCCGCCGAGAAGGCAAUCCUCCUCGCAUAGUACCGCGGAAGACAAGAGAAAGGUAUCCCAGCAUGGAAGGACGAGGAGUCAAGAGGUAGCCGGAGAGGAGGGCGGCGACGCUGGUGAGCCGGCAAGAAUGGCUGUCGAGGCAGCACAGAAGCGGGCAGCGGCGGCGAGGGCGGCGCUACAAGCUGCAGCGAACGGAGGGUACGGCACCGAGUCGUCUGCGAUUGUGAGCAGCCCCGACCCGUCAGCUCAGAAAGAGACGGUCGCCCCUCUAUCCUCUCCACCUGUCUCGCCGCCUGCACCUGUCCCGAAGGCCUCGCGCCCCGCAGGCGGCAAAGAGCGCAAGGCCUCUUCUUCAUCAGCCAACAAGCCAAGGCGAGAGCGCGUCGAGCUACCCGAGCCGCCUGUCCUCCCACCUAUAACCAACUUGGCGCCCUUCCCUGGAGCGCAGGGUGAGAGACAGCGAGAGACAUUGCCUCCCAUGCCGACGCCUGCGGACGUGGGAAGGGGAGCACCAGCCCUGGGACGCAAAGAAAGCUCGAAUAGAGGCGUUGGCGAAGUUCAAAAUGGACAUGCGCCCCAGAGACGACCUACGCUUGACGAACGUUUGCCCUCCUCCAGCGAUGCCGGUACACCCGGAGCAGGCACGCCUACGCCCACGACAUCACGCUCUGUGUCGCCCGUCGUGGUUGCGCGACGUCCUUCCGGCAACGGCAGGCUUGCCAGCACGGGCGCUGAGAGCAAUGGUAGUGGCACAUCCAAGAAGGAGGGUGGUACGAGUCGUUUGGCUAGGCUGGCUGCGCCAGGUCUGGGACUCGGUGGAUUUGGGAGGAAGAGUUCCAAGACAAGUGUGCCAAAGGCGACGGCUGAUGAGGACGCGAAUGGCGACGGUGGAGUCGAGGAGCUUGCCUCCAACCCUACCGAAGUGCAGCUUCACGACGCCGACAGCCAUGCCAACGGCGUCGAGUCCUCCGCGAUUGCAAGCCGCGAAGACGACACGCCUCCCUCAUCCGCCAAACUCAGCAAAGCUGAACGACGCUAUCUGGACUACCAAAAGCAGCAGCAAGCCGAAGUCUCUCGCCAACAAGCAGCAGAGCGCGAUCGCCUCGCGGCUAUGGAGCGGGAGAAGCGUGAGAAGCGCGAGAGGAGGAAGAAGCGCGAAGAGGAGGAGAGGGAGCGUAAGCAGAAGGAGAAGGAUGAGGUCUGGCAGGAGAUCAGAAGGAGAGCGGCUGUCGAGAAGGAGAAGGAGAAGGAGAGAGAGAGGGCCGCCAGACCCGGAGGAAUGGAUAGGAAGCAAAGUAGUGCUAGCGGGGUGGUAGCGGCUGCCGAAAACGAUGGUGGCCAAGGUGAGCCUCUGAGCGGCGGACGAUCGUAGGGGACGAUGAUGACGAUGGGGAUGUGGUAUUUAUGUGAAGAUUUACAGUGAUGACCUAUCAACGGAAACGCUCUUUCAUGAAAUGUACAGUACUCCGUCGCACGCGACCUUCAGUUCUUCUUUCUCCUCUUAUUCGCGCCUGGCCCAUUGCUUCCCUCCUUCUUUCCCCUCGAGGCUCCAGGAUCGGCACUCCCGUCCCUCUCCUUCUUCUCCUUCUUGACAGCCUUGUCCUUGCUCGCCUUCUUCUUGGUCUCUUCCUCUUCCGCCUGCCUGGCCAAGCAGUCCGAGCAGAUCCACUGCUCCGGCAAAGGUGGGUGGACUCCCACGCAAUCGAGGUGGAACCACUCGUAGC